GCUUGACAGAAGAAUAGGUAGCAUACUGAAAAUGCCCUACAAAUGUUUCAAAAGAAACAUUUUGAACCGCAGUUCCCUGAUUACUGUGAUCAUGAGCAGUGACCGUGAAAGCCGAUAUUUCAUCAAAAAAUUGAAGUCUCUUUUUCAUGAAGAAAUCGCUGAACACCAACAACGAGGCGUCAAAAGAUUGUAUUCAACAAUAAAUAGGCGAAAAACACCGUACAAAUUGGGAUGGUUAAAUCUGGUGGCAAAGGUGUCUGCAGUUAUAAAACCCGAAAUCGCCAUAAGUGACAAAACUCAAGUAAUCAAAUGCAAACACUUCAAUAGAUCGCACAGUUACCGAUGCAUGCGUGCUCAAGUGAUGCGCUUAGCGGGUCCUACUAAAAGCGAAUUAGCCGUAUUUAGAAACAAAAUGAAGAAAAUCAUUGCGCCCCAAUUCAUAAAAGAUAUUAUUGGUUACAAUAAGAAAUACACCGCUAUUAUGAUGUCCCAAGCCUGUGGCAGUGAUGUGCAUAAAGUUUCUACUCAAAAUGAAAUAAUAUAAACAUUUG